AUGGACUCAGGGAAGAAAUGGGAUGUUGAGCUCUUACCCAAGCCCAUCCUCAGUGCCUGGCCCAGCUCUGUGGUCCCCACCAGGGGCAAUGUGACACUGAAUUUUCCUGGUUCAUUUUACUUCCAUCUCAUUGAGUUAGAGGAGAAUGAUGCCGGGUACUACACAUGCGACUGCUAUGAACCUGAUGACCUUGAUGUACUGUUUCAGUACAGUGAUGCAGUUCUACUACUGGUCACAGGACAUUUACCUAAACCGUCCCUCCAAUCUCACCAGUGGAGCAAAGUGACAGGAGGGAAUGUGACUCUGAGCUGUCAGAAGCCAGAUAAUAUGACUGAGUACAGAAUGUUCAUGCUCCUGAAGGAAGGAGUUCCAUCACCUGUCCAGGUUCAGAGUUCAGAAAGCAACAGAGCAGACUUCUCACUUCAUAAUGUGACAGACAAAGAUGCAGGAAACUACAGCUGUGUCUACCACCAGAAAGAAGCCCCUUUCUGGGCCUCACACCCCAGUGAUCACCUUGAGAUCUUGGUGUCAGGGUCCCCAAGAGCCUUAUCAGAAUGUUACACCAAGAUUAACCUCAUCAGGCUGGAAAUGUCUGCCAUGUUUGUGGUGUUGAUGGCAGUCUUCCUGGCUGAAGCCUGGUACAGCCAGAGGGUGUCAUCUAGCAGAUCCAGUUCUGAAGAAGCAGAAGAAGAGCUGGAGUCUGACGGAAGACAUCAGAUGAUUUUACAGGGUGGGAACCAGAAGGAAGGACCAAUGAGGGGCACCAUCAGUGCAGCCUUCAUGGCGUCAGCACCGUGCUGGCUGAAGACCUCACUGUGUGGCGGCUUUAAGGUCACUCAUGCCCAUAACUCCUCACCUAUUGCUCUGUGA